AUUCUCAAAGUGGAUGGAUUAGAGUACUGUGUAUAUGUGACCACACACUUCUGAAUACAUCUGUCUUGUAUUUAUAUUGUAUAUCAAAAAGUGUUUGAUGCAGGAGCCAGAAGCGACUGACCUGGAGAAAGUGAGUGUUGCAAUAGCUUCCGCUUCCAUUGGCGGUCGUCUAGAGAGCAAUGGCUUCAUUCAGGGCCUUGUGCUAUCUUGCUUGCGGCAGUCGGAGAGACAGGAGCAGAACAAAGAUUGCCGAGGAAGAAUUUCCAAGAAUUCUUGCAUGGCGACGCCAGGUGCAAAGGAUCUCUGCCAGGAGGCAGGCACCACGCUGGCGCUAUACACUGGGAAUGUGUCCCUGUUGCGCAAGUUUGGCGUGCCAAACAAGAAGAAGAACCGUUGCUGGGAGUCAGAUCUUGAGAGAGCAAACCUGCCGCAGCCUUUUGUAUCCCUGUCUGAUCCUGGCAAGUUAAAGAGCAACGUGACCGUGAUUGAGCAACGACUCUCUGAGAUGACGCAGAAUACGGGGUGUGAUUUGGCUUCAAGGUUGAGCAGGUUGUUGUUCUUUUUGUCGGACGGUCUUAUUAUAUUUUCUUAUAUCUUCUCACGUCUUCUUAACUCUCUUGUUUUGUAAUGUUUUAUAUGCAGUAUACUGUUUUCGUUUGGUUGCUGUUCAUUCUUUGCCAAACAGUGUCCUGCUCCCAGCGCGAACUGCCAUGAAUAUAUAGCCAGGAGCAUCCAGGAGCAACGCGACGCCUUUUAUGGCCAUUGAAGCGGAUGUUCACGCGCCUUUUUUGGUCUUCUAGCGCAUGUUCGCCAGCCGCUUUGAAACUCAUUGGAAUGAUGUGUGCAAUCAGGUCGGGUGUUGUAUUGAAAUAGGGAGUUGCCCUCCAAGGCCAC